GUUUAUUUAAAAUGUGUCUGAGAAUUUAAACACUGAACAUAGGCAUAGAACAUUUUUGUUACCAACAGCACAGAUCUAUUAAACAUCACCCCCUACACUUGUUUUCCAAUUUAAAGUAAAGCGAUGUAGUUCAUUGCAAAGUCCCUCCCCCAGGUGUCUGUUCGUUGUGCAUGUGCGUGCGCUCUCUGCACUCAGUACCCAGUCCGCUCGCGCACAGGAGCGCACUGAGCAUCUCGGCGGAACAGUCAGACCUGUCCAAAUCCGGCAAUUCGCACACAACUUUCUUUUUCUUUGUUUGAGGAGGCUGGCAACAAGGAACUGCAAAACUCGUUUUUGUGUGUGUGUGUAUGAAUGUAUAUCAGUCAGGGGAACAUAGAGGGUUUCAACUGUUGUCGGAUAUCACAUUCUCAGUCGCCGUUACCAUGCAAGUUCACAUCGCCAGCAUCUUGCUGUGUGGAGUGUCGGUGGUGCUGACCAUGUUUAAUGUAUCAGAGGAUCAGGCUCACUGCCCACUGGGCUACUUCCCCUGUGGAAACCUCAGUACCUGUCUUCCUCAGCUACUACACUGCAAUGGCGUGGAUGACUGUGGGAAUCAGGCAGAUGAGGAGAAUUGUGGAGACAAUAAUGGUUGGCCACAUCUCUUUGAUAACUAUUUCGGCAUCCCCAGUAAUAACCUUGGAACUAAGUCAAACGCCUGCUUGCUUGGGACCGUCCCAGCUGAGUGCCAGUGCAGGGACCUGGAGCUGGACUGUGACGGUGCACACUUUAAAGAUGUCCCCACUGUAUCCAUUAAUGUCACCAUGAUGUCCCUGCAGAGGAACCGGCUGAGGAAGCUAAAUGCGGACAUGUUCGUAAUGUACCAGAGCCUUCAAAAGCUGUAUCUCCAACACAACCGAAUUAAAGCGGUGCACCCGCAUGCUUUCAGAGGCCUUUACAAUCUGACGAGACUGUAUCUCAGUUAUAAUCGAAUUACCACCCUACUUCCUUAUGUGUUCCAGGAUUUGCACAAACUAGAAUGGCUGAUUCUGGAGAACAACAAUAUUCAUCAUAUCUCCUCUUUGACCUUCUCUGGUUUGCGCUCCCUUGUGCUUCUAGUAUUGUUGAACAAUGCUCUCACAAAGCUUGACGAUAUUUGCCUGGAGAUGCCACGAUUAAAUUGGCUAGACGUUGAGGGAAAUAAGAUUGAGAUUGUGGGAAAUGUGACCUUCAGGUCCUGUAACAUGCUAACAGUGCUGGUCCUCCAGCGGAACUGCAUUAGUUACAUCCACGUGCAGGCUUUCUCUCUGCUUCGUAAACUGGGCGAGCUGGAUUUGUCCAAUAACAGAAUCAAAGCAAUCCCUCCUGAUCUUUUCGUCAAUCUUGGAGACCUGCUUCAGCUGAAUAUUUCAUAUAACCCCAUCAUGGACCUGCAGGUGGACCACUUUGACAAGCUGCAUAAGUUAAAGUCACUGAGCAUUGAGGGAAUCGAAAUUGGGAACAUCCACAGAAGGAUGUUUGAACCUCUCAAGAAUCUGACUCACAUCUACUUUAAAAAGUUUCAGUACUGUGGCUAUGCACCUCACGUCCGCAGCUGCAAGCCAAACACUGAUGGCAUCUCAUCUUUCGAGGACCUUUUGGCAAACAUUGUGCUGCGCGUCUUCGUCUGGGUUGUCUCGGCAACAACAUGCUUCGGCAACAUCUUUGUGAUCUGCAUGCGAUCCUACAUUCGCUCUGAGAACAAGCUCCACGCCAUGUGCAUCAUCUCUUUAUGCUGUGCAGAUGGUCUGAUGGGUGUCUACCUCUUCAUGAUUGGCGCCUAUGACCUGAAGUUCAGGGGCGAGUAUAACCGUCACGCUCAGGCCUGGAUGGAUAGUGUACCCUGUCAGGUGAUUGGAUCUUUAGCCAUGCUGUCAACAGAGGUGUCAGUGCUGCUCCUCACAUACCUCACCCUGGAGAAAUACAUCUGCAUUGUCUACCCGUUCCGGUACCUGACCCCUGGUCGCAGACGCACUGUUACCAUUUUGGUGGUUAUCUGGAUCUUGGGCUUUGUUAUUGCUUUCCUGCCACUGGUCUUUAAAGGGGUUUUCAAAAACUUCUAUGGAACCAAUGGCGUUUGUUUCCCUUUGCACUCUGAGCAGCCAGAGACUCUUGGAGCCCAAGUCUACUCCAUUGUGAUCUUUCUGGGUCUCAAUCUGGUGGCUUUUCUCAUCAUCGUACUGUCUUAUGGAAGCAUGUUUUACAAUAUCCAGAGAACAGGAACACAGACGACCAAAUACAGCAACCACAUUAAGAAAGAGCUGACCAUUGCCAAACGCUUCUUCUCCAUUGUCAUCACCGAUUCUCUGUGCUGGAUUCCCAUUUUCAUCCUCAAGAUUCUUUCACUAAUGGAGGUCGAAAUCCCCGGAACCAUCAGCUCGUGGGUUGUCAUCUUCAUUCUGCCGAUCAACAGCGCUCUGAACCCCAUCUUGUACACGCUGACCACGCGCCCCUUUAAAGAGACACUGCUCCAGGUGUGGUCCAACUACAGGCAGCGGAGACCCCUACUCAGCAGCCAUCCGCCUCAUCUGCCUUCCUUUACAUGGCAGGAAAUGUGGCCUCUGCAAGAAAACAGCCAAACCCUUUGCUCCCCGGACUACCUGGCGCAUCCGUCUGAAAUGUCCAACAACUCUGGGACCACCCAGUUACUGCCCCUGGAGGGGUCGAAAGGGACAUGAAGUGGUCUGAUGGGGUCCUGCUAUCCGCAUCACCUCAUGUUUCACACUCAUUCCGACAGAGCAUACAUUUUUUUGUAUGUUUGUGGAUGUCUCCAUACAUGUCCUCACUCAGAGCAGGGAUAAUAAUGAUGCAGUGCAUUUAAGGAGUGUUUGCCGUUGUGUUUGUGUGUGCGUGUGUUAUUAAUGACAAAAAGAGACAAAGACGGAGAGCAAUAUGUUUGCAACCCCUGCUGAAAAGACCUGCUGGUUUGUGCUGGUCUAGCUGGUUUAUCAAUGGAGAAUUGCUGGUCAAAGGGACUGUUCAGUCAGCUCAUUUGAUUUUCUUUCUUCUGCAGAACACAAAAACAAUUUUGUGUGUGUUUUUGUCUAUAAAAUGAAUGUCAGUGGGGUCUAAAACAAGGUUUUUAUAAUUAAUUGAACUAAAAAUAAGCCUAUAAAAUAUUGUUA